AUGGCUGCGCAGUUCUUCUCGUCGGCCGUGAAGUCCUUCACCUCGAACAUCGGCUCCAAUUACUCCAUCAGCUCCACGCCCUCGUCGACCUCCGGGCCAUGGAAAAUCUACGACGCGAAGAAGAAGUCGACGGGCAAGGCUGCGUCGGUGUUUGUCUUCGAGAAAAAGUCGCUAGAGCCGCAAGGGGGAGGCUUUGCACCGCGGUCAACAAGUGGGACAGUCAAGAGAGCGCACGAGGAGGUGGUGGAGCGCUUGAAGAAAGAAGCCAGCUCGCUCGCGAGAUUACGGCACCCCAGCAUCUUGGAGCUGGCAGAGCCGGUGGAAGAGACGCGCAGCGGAGGCUUGAUGUUUGCGACAGAGCCCGUGUCCGCAUCGCUAGCGGGUCUGCUACAAGAGAAGGAUGAGCAGGAGCGCGGCGGCGGCCCUGGCGGUCGCAGCAGUCGCUACGUGGUCGAAGAGGACGGCACCAGACGGCGGCGGGAACUGGAAAUCGACGAGUUGGAAAUCCAGAAGGGUCUACUGCAGGUUGCCAAAGGCCUUGAUUUCCUGCACGAGAGCGCUGGCCUCGUCCAUGGAAACUUGACGCCCGAGGCCAUUUUCGUCAAUGCCAAAUCUGACUGGAAAAUAUCCGGCCUGGGCUUCUGCAGCCCACCCGACAACUCUACCAAGCCCACCUCUGUUACCCCCAUCUCCUUGUCUGAGGUGCUCAACCACGACCCACGUUUGCCGCGUUCCGUGCAGUUGAACAUCGACUACGCUUCUCCUGACUUCAUAAUGGACACGAACCUCAACACAUUGGCCGACAUGUUCUCGCUAGGUCUUCUCGUCAUUGCUCUCUUCAACUCGCCGCACCGCAGUCCUUUGGAGACAAAUCAGAGUCCAUCUACCUACAAACGGCUGUUCGCAUCAUCGUCGUCAAUACCGACGCAGAACAACGGUUUCUUAUGCAAAGGAAAACUGCCCCGCGACAUUGCACAUGGCCUGCUACCCAGGCUCAUUACCAGACGACCGGCGCAAAGGCUCAAUGCUCGCGAGUUUCAAGAGGCUCAGUAUUUUGACAACAUCCUCGUCUCGACCAUUCGCUUCCUUGAUAGCUUACCAGCCAAGACCCCGGCUGAGAAGUCGCAAUUUAUGCGUGGUUUGCCACGCGUGUUGAACCAGUUCCCCAAGAGCGUACUGGAGAAGAAAGUGCUUCCUGCACUGCUGGAAGAGAUGAAAGAUAGGGAGCUGUUAUCCAUCGUGCUUCAGAAUAUCUUCAAGAUCUUAACCAUGGUACCUUCGGGGAAACGAGCGUUUUGCGACAAAGUACUCCCCCGUCUAAGAGAGGUGUUCCUCGGCAGUGGUACCAGUGCAAAACCACCGCAGGCGGAUCGGGAUAGUGCAAAGGAGGCUGGCCUCAUGAUCAUCUUGGAGAACAUGAAACUCAUGUCUGAGAACUGUACAGGCAAAGAGUUCAAAGACGACGUUCUCCCGCUCAUUGUUCUCGCCUUGCAAUCACCAACACACUCUUUAGUGGAUGCUGCUUUAAGAACAUUACCUGUCAUCAUCUACGUCCUUGACUUUUCCACAAUCAAGAACGAAUUCUUUCCCAUCGUCGCCAAUGUCUUUGCCAAGACUACCAGUAUGGGCAUCAAGAUUCGUGGGCUUCAGGCUUUCCGAACUCUCUGCGGGGGCGGGAUUGCAGAAGACGCAGGGGACGGCUUGGACGGCUUCGGCGCAGACAGACCGAAGCAAAAACAGAACGCGGCUGUCCUGGAUAAGUACACAAUUCAGGAGAAGGUUGUGCCACUGCUGAAGGCAAUCAAAACGAAAGAGCCGGCUGUGAUGAUGGCAUCUCUUGAUGUUUUCCAGGAAGUCGGCAAGAUUGCGGACUCCGACUUCCUCGCCAUGGAGGUCCUCCCGAUCCUCUGGAACUUCAGCUUAGGGCCCCUCCUCAACCUUCAACAAUUCCAGGCCUUCAUGGCCCUCAUUAAACAAUCAUCGACCCGCAUCGAACAGGAACAGACCCGAAAGCUUCAAGAGCUUUCCACGGGCAAUACCGCCUCUGCCGCCCGCGCGGACGACUUCAUGUCGUUCGGCGGCAUCUCGCCUGCCAACGGAACCAGUGCCAACGGCGACGAGGCCGACUUCGAAAGCCUCGUCACCGGGCGCCCUACCAAUAGCUUUUCAGCAGGCGACUCCUUCGACGCCGGCUGGGCCACUUCAUCCACCGCGACCUCUCCACCCGUAUCGGCGGGCCUGCAGCCGCCAGCCACGCGCCCGAACAACCCGCGCACACAGUCCGUCCAGUCGUCAUCGUCUGCGGCGCCGACCUUUAAUUGGAGCACACCACCCCCUCCCCAGCAGACUUCCACGCCUCCGCCCCGCAUGGGCAUGGGUAUGGGCGCGCAAACCCUGCAACCAUCACAGAGCACUUAUCGCUCGGCUACCCCGGAUCACAGCAGCAGCUCACUCGGCGGCUUCGCAGCGCUCAAGCCGCAAUCAACAGGUGGCACGGGCACGAUAAAUGGCUGGGGCUCGUCGUCAAUGACGUCGAAUUCUUCGGCAUUCUCGCUACCGCUGCAGCCCUCGCGGCCACAACAACAGCAGCAGACCCCCAGCGGUGGACUCAUGAACAUGGGUAUCUUAAGCUCCCAGCAGCAGCAUCAGUCGAGCUUGAAUUUGACCACAGUGGAUUGGGGCGCGGCGGCUAGACAGCAGCAGAUGGGCACUCCUGCUACGGGGCUGAAUAGGUUCGCGCAGCAGAGCACAAGUGGUAGCAGUCCAUACUCUGGGUUUGGCAUCGCCCCGCCACCCGCAAGGCAGGCCAGUUUGGGAUCUUUCGGUGGUGCUGGUGCAGGGAUGGCACAGCCGCAGCAGCAGCAGCAGCAACAACAACAACAACAACAACAACAACAACAACAACAACAACAACAACAAGGACAGAGGAAGGGGUUGGAUCAGUAUGAGAGUUUGUUAUAG